AUGGAUUCUCAGAUCACUAAGCUAACUAUAGCCUUAGACUGUGCCCACUCUGUUGAGGCGAAGGCCGAGAUAGAUACAAAAUGGUUAAAGGUCGAUCACGAAGACGAUCUGAGGGUUCAAAUUGAGCUUACUGACCUCCUGAAAUCCCAAGAUGCAAAAAUUAAGAAGCUCACAAAAGAGGCCACAAAUAGCUUUAAGAAAGGGAAGGAUGAUGAGGUCCCUACUGAGGGGCUUCUUGAAGCUCCUGCCAAAGGAAAUCUCGAGAUUUCUACUGAGGGGAAUCCUGAUGUUUUAUCUAUGGAUACCAUUGAACUUGUGGGGAAGAAAUAUGAGCUGAGCUGA